AUGAAAAAGACUACUACUACCACACCAUCUACAUCCUCAUCGUCGACAUCUAAUUUAACGAAAAAAGAAUUAAGAAAACUAAAAUCUCUUUUACCAACAUUACAACGAAAAUCGUCAACUUCACCAAUUGAAAUUGUGAUGGAAACAAUUCGAUAUAUCAGAGAAUUAGAAGAACAAUUAGUCGAUAGAUUCAUAGAAACAGAUUUUAAUAGAUCAAAUGUAAAUUCAAUAGUACAUCAUACCGAAAGUAAUCAAUCGGAUUGCUCUGAUACAUCAUCAUCAUCAUCAUCAGAUAUAACCAACACAGUUCUACAAUCAUCAUCGGCCCAUUUAACCGAACGUACAUUACGAGAUAUCGGUAAUAGUGAAUAA